AUGCAAAUCUUCAAAGAUCUCCAAAGAUCCUUGAAAGAUUUUCACCAGGGAACCGCAGUAGUGAGAACCAGUAACCAUUCAGCAGGUAGAGUGAUUGGCUCUAAGAUGAUGCUCUUCCAAAAAGUCGGUUUUUAUUGAGCAGUUUUUGUGAGAAAUUCAGUAUGGUUUAAUUGAUGUUGAAACAGUCUCAUCAAGCCACCCAAUAUUAGUUUUGUUUGAAUCAUUAUCUUGCACAUUUAUUUAAUUUUUAUUUAUCCAUCUGAAAUUUAUAAUUGUUAUCUACAGUGGGUCCUAUAUUUUCUUUGUAAAGCACUUAUUUCUGACAAAAUUUUAAUGUUGAGUGAAUGUCAAAGUGGCUAAUGUUCAUGGGCCAAUAUUUGUGACUUAGUUUGACUAACAAAAACUUCUGUUGAGUCCUGUUAAAUGCCUUGGAGGUAUUAAGACUGUAUUGUGACUGUUUGUCUAAUUCCGCCCUGGCAUUGCUAGAACGAGGGCAAGGGUAAGACCAAGGGUAAGCGUAUGGGUGAGGGUAAGGGAAAAAAGUCAGGGAAAGACAUAUUGCUAUUAAAAGAGAAAACAAGGCAGAUAAGACAAAUCUUACAGAUGGAUAGCAAAAAUUAGAGUACAAAGCAACGCUAAAACCUGAGCUAGUGGUGUGCAAGGUGUGCCUAACCUUUUCUGGCUGCUAAAUAAAAAGUUGUUGCUGUUUACAAAUUUUAUAGACCGAAUUCAGGUUGGCAUUACCUCUUAACAAUGAUUGGUAGUAUUAUCGAAUAAAAGAUUUGCCGGGUUGGCAGCCGCAGGAAGCCAUAGCAGUUUGCUUCUAGACUGUAAUUGGUGCCAAUUCACCCCUAGCUAGGUGGGUUACCCAAACAAACACUUCAAGAAUUUCAACCCUAACCCCACCCCCACCCUAAUCUUAAGUGUCACCCCCACCCUCACCCUAACCUUUUCUGGCUGCUAAAUAAAAUGUUGUUGCUGUUUACAAAUUUCAUAGACCGAAUCCAGGUUGGCAUUACCUCUUAACAAUGAUUGGUAGUAUUAUCGAGUAUAACCCUAACCCUAAUCUUAACCCCUCACUCUCACCCUCAUUUCCUCGAUAGAAAUAUCCAUGUGAGCACAUAGGUGCUUGCUUUAUUUGUAUAUAGUUUGGGUUAACUAGAAAUAAAGAUAGUGCCAUUUUGAGGCCAAAAAUUGAUAAACGAAAUAAGCGCCCCCGUCAAAUAAUCGCCCCCCUCUCCUCUUAGAAAAUUAAAUAAGCACACCGCGCUAAUUCGAGCAUUUACGGUAAGUAAAAAUAUCAGUGACUCACUGAUAUUGCCAUGUGUCCCUGAUAUGGGAGUGUUAACAAUGUAGAGAGUAAGGGUCAGGGUUUAAGGGUUAGUGUGAGGGUGAGAAGCAAACAUUAGUAAUUUUGUACUAUUACGCAUGUCACUUCAUUAAAAGUGCCGUAUACGUCUCGUAUAUCGUAUCGAGUACUGAGCCUCGUUUUUCCUCGGGGGAGGGGGAAGGUCGCUUAUUUGAAGGGGACGCUUAUUCCAAAUUUUAAGCAUGAGGAGGGGCGCUAAUUCGAGCAUUUAUAGUAUCUGAAAAAUUUCCCUUGUUCUAUAAUUAGUACUAGUUAAUUCAGUUUAUGUUUUUUUUUUAAUGCAUAGCAGCCAUCUCUAAGGAUGUGGAAAAGGAGGUAAUUGAAAACGCUGGAACUGUAUUCCAAGAGUCGUCAGUGCCUGAUGUUAAGAAAGGUUGUGAAACAGUUACGCUUUUGAAAACAUCCGUGGAUUCAGGACCUAACACAGUCAAGCAGGAGGCUGACAAAGUAGGCAGACAGUCAAAGGAAAACAACACCAACACUCCCUCCGAAGAGUCUGAUAGUAAAAUCCGCAACAGUGAUCAUGGGGAAGGCAGUGAUGAAAGCGAUGAAAUUGAGUCAGACUUAGAGGUAACUGUAUUACUAGAACUGCAAAUAAUGGUCGGUUAAUGGAAAUGUGACGAUGUUGAAAUCUUAUUUGUGGUUGAACGUGAUUCCCUACAAACCAAAUGCCAAAGACUAGCAUAUUGAGGCCUUUUUAGAAUAACAAUUAGUACCAAGGAAAUAAACAUUGACAUAAUGUGUAACUGACACUUUUCUGGUUUGUCCCACUGAAAUGGUGAUCUGAUCAGCUGUACUAUGUCCUCUCUGUCAAAAAUAUCCCUGCGUCCAUCGUUUACGACCACUGAUUCAAGUGCUGGUAUAUAAUGUCUCAUUGGGUACCUGUUCUGAAACAAAGAAAAAAUCUUUGAUUUUUAUUUGUUACCUAGUAUUAGGUGAUUAAUCAUCUUAAUGAUGUUGAGAAACAAUAAAUGAAACAGUUUUAAAAAAUCACGUCUUUUUAUUGCUUCAUGUCGUUUUGUUUUUGUUUUGGUUCGUUUUUUCGUCAGGUAGAUAAUUCAAAUCCACCAAAAGAUAAGACGGCACAAUCUGCAGGCACGGAAAAGCACCCGUCCUUGAGCAAGACCACUAUGGAUAAGGAAAAAAGGAAAAAGGAGGAAACAACUAGAGAAGCAGCACAGUGAGUCCAUUGUUUUGUUUGGUAGACCUUUUUUUUUUCAUUAACAUUUUAGAUCAUUUAGGCUUAAUUGUAAAAUCCUCAUCCUCUUUACUUAUCAAGCCGGUCUUGGCUGCUACUCUUGCAUGCACCUGCACCUGCACCUCUACCACUCCACCUUUCUUCUCUCUACUUUCUAUCCCCCUGGCUGCAAUCCUUAUAACGCCAUUAUCCCUCAUUCAUUUGAUUUUGUACUCUCGUAUUUAUUUUAAUCUUUGUGCAGCUUAAGCAGUCACUUACACCAGCCACACAUUCCAGUUGUCUAUCAGGGUGGUUAACUUUGGUGCUUCCUGCUGGCUUUUAUACAGAACAUCUUCAUAGCAGUAAUCUUAAAUCAUUAAAGACUUUAGUUUGGCUUUGGGUACCCCUUAUUGUACCCAUUAUUAUUAUUAUUAUUAUUAUUAUUAUUAUUAUUAUUAUUAUUAUUAUUAUCAUUAUUAUUAUUAUUUCUAUUAUUAUUAUCAUUUUUAUUAUUAUUGUUACUAUUUUUUUAUUUGUUAUCUAGUUCAAAUUUUUUUGUAUUUUCAUUCAUGAAUUCAGGGAGCAAACAAGUGCUAAAAUUUGCCAAUACGAGUGAUCGCCGUCGAGUUUGUAUAUUCUGUAAAAACGAAACGAGUUUCGACAAGAUUGACGUCAUUAUUGUUUGCUAUGAGAACAUAUAUACGGUCGCUACCGCGCUUUUUACAAGUAACAAAAUGCCACUUUCCUUGCUGUGUAACAAUGAGCACUUCCACCCAUAUUUUGCCAUUAUCUUCUUUAAGAUGAAAAGUGCUUCAUUUUCUGUUGUCUACACUAAGCAAAUUUGACAACCAUUUCUUGCAUUAGCAAUUUUUUUCUUGUUUAUCCCCUGAGAGAAACCACGUGACAGAAAGCCAUGGCAAGUAUCUCUCCUCCUCAGAGAUUCCCGCUAGGUUAAGAGGCCUCUGCGGAGGAGAGAGGGAGAGUAUCGUGAGUAAAGUGUAUUAUUACCUAUUUAUUAUUCAUUCAAAAUAUUUCCCCAAUUCUGAUUGGCUAAAAGCACACGCAUAAUUCACCAUACCAGUUACUGAUGACCAAAUUUGGAAGAAUUUUGUGUUUAACGAGGAAAUGACGUCAAAAAUGCAGCCCUCUACAGGUUAAGGCACCGUUAACCGAGAAAACCUGGGGACGAGGUUGAGUUGUUUUGGUUGUGAAAAAAAAUGGCGGACAUUUCACUCGUUUCAAGAGUAAGAACUACAGCCGGAACUAGGCUUUCGUAGGAUAUGAAUAAUUAAGCAGACCUCGGAGGGUGUUAUCCACCUCGGCCUUCGACCUCGGUAGAUAACACCCUCCUCGAUCUGUUUAAAUUCUUCAUAUCCUACUCAGCCUCUUUCAUUAAUUGCUAAAUAUACUCUUUGCAGGAGUGAUAACCAUGACCAAGUGGCUGACAAGGAAAAGGGCGGCGGUUUCGGAACCAACCAGCCAGUUGAUGGUGAUGAUCACGAACAUACUCAUGACAACGAGGAAAACGAUUCUGGUCUUGCAAAAAACAAUGAAACGUCGUCAAAAAUGAAAAGGGAGUGCUUUGAAGAUUAUAACGCCGACAAAAUGACUGUUGUUUUUCAUGCUGUACUUGCGCCCCAUUUUAAAUUUGAGCCAAAUCUUGGAGACAAAAUUUACGUGAGGUUUGGAGGAGAAAUGUUUGGAGAUUUUCAGGACAAUGUUGUGGAGGUGAUCCAUCAGCGGUAAGCUACGAGUUAUAAAUAAUGUUGAUUGGAAAACAUGACGUAAAAUCAGCGUGUCCUUGUUCAAGUUUUAGUUAAGAAAUUAAGCCCUAAAAAGAAACCCUUCUUCUACGUGAAGCUCCACAUUUUGUAAGGAUCCUUAAAUAUCCUGAGUCAACUUUUUUUAAACAUUUUUUUUAAAAUUAUCUUCAUUCCCGUUUUUAUUGGUAUAGUUUUUAUAAAAAGGUUUGCAUGACGUUUAGUUGGUCAUGAGAUGAAAUAUCUUUUAAGGAUGUAUGCUUACGUUAGGAAGUGGUCUGCCUGUGGCAAUUUAAUGAAUGGGGUUAUUUUCUAACGAAGCUGUAGUAAUGCGUCGAUGUUGGACUGAUUUGGUUUUGAAAACUGAGUUGGUUUUAAAAAUAAGGCGAACUGGAAACGUUCUAACUAUAGAGCGUUUAGUCAUCGUAGCUGACGGGAUUUGACGUGUACGACUGUUUAAAGCACCCGUGGAAUGAAUUUGGCUGUACAGGCGUAAGAAUAAUUAGGAUGAGAGAAGUCAAGAUUCUCCAUCCCAGCCUCGCCACCUGCUGUUCCCGGCGGCUCUAGAAGCUCUCCCGCACUCCAGGCGGUGUUUGCACUGGGAUUGCAAUGCAUUGUGGAUGUAGAAAUUUCAUGAUGGCGGCGAAGGUCAAGAAAACAUGGCCUGAACUGCAGGAAUGGCUCCGAGCCGUAAUGAGAGUAACCGCUGAAAGCUUGACAUGUGGUCACACAUUGCCAUAAAUAGCCCCCCAUAGCUACCCAUUGAGACAUAUAGCCAUACAUAGCCACCCAUAGCCACGUAUAGCCACCCAUAGCUACACAUAGCCACCUAUAGCCACUCAUAGCUACACACAGCCACCUAUAGCCACCCAUAGCUACACCUAGCCACACAUAGCUACACAUACUCCACAUAGCCACCUUAGCCACCCAUAGCUACACCUAGCUACACUAGCCACCUAUAGCCACCCAUAGCUACACAUAGCCACCUAUAGCCACCCAUAGUUACACCUAGCUACACAUAGCCACCUAUAGCCACCCAUAGCUACACAUAUCCACACAUAGCUGCACAUGGCCACCUAUAGCCACCUAUAGCCACCCAUAGAUACACAUAGCUACACAUAGCCACCUAUAGCCACCCAUAGAUACACAUAGCCACCUAUAGCCACCCAUAGCUACACAUAGCUACCCAUAGCCACCUAUAGCCACCCAUAGCUACAAAUAGCUACCUCCAACCAUAACUGCACAUAGAGCUACACAAAGCCACACAUAGCCACCCAUAGACACGCAUAACUGCACAUAGCCACCCAUAGCUACACAUAACUACAGAUAGCCACCAAUAGCUACACAUAGCCACACAUAGCCACACAUAACUACACAUAGCCACCCAUAGCCACACAAAGCAGCACAUAGCCACCUAUAGCUACACAUAACUACACAAAGCCACACAUAGCUACCCAUGCACACACAUAGCCACACAAAGCCACACAUUGGUACACAUAGCCACCCAAUGGUACAAAUAGCUACACAUACCUAGGCAAGUAGUAGUAGUAUUUUUUCAGUGACAAACUUAAGAGAUAUAUAUGUUAUUCACCGAGCUAGCUCGGUCCGUAUUGGGAGAAACUGAGCUCGAGGUCUUGCUUACCGCCCUCGGCCUACAACAUUUUUAUUUUUCCUUACUGAGAUUUAAAAGUUUCAGGAAAAUUUUACUUUAGUCCAACCUAUGUGUGUUGAAGUAGGACCCGUUCGUGUUGAUGAAGCGCGCCAUAGAUUGCAAACUAAAACAAAACAUUACAACAUGAUUUUUAGCUUGUAAUUUUAUAUAUUAUCACAAUUAAGCUCUCUUUUAGAAUAAAGAAGGGAGGUUAAGGGUUGGGGAGCUUAAGCAACUACGACGAAGACCACACUGAACGACAACUUAGAAAAACAAUUGGUUUUAUGAGCAAAACAACAGCCCUGCACUUGCAUCACGCAUUUUAGUACGUUUCUUUGACGUCCACUGCACGACUACGAAGUGAAAUGCUGAAUGCCAUUUUCAAUUUCAAACUUUAAAUUCUGUGACUCAUACCAAUAGAAAGCGAGGAUACUAGAUUGCAGUAUUUCUUCAUUAGAUUUUUAUUUAACACUGAAGAUGCCUGAAGAAAGUGUUCAAUAUUAUUUGUAAAUAGGACAAAACUCACCCUGUACGUACCGAUAUCUUGAUUGACUUUUCAUUUACAGUACUUUAUGUGUGAUAAGUGCAGAUGGUAAAACAAAUAAAAAAUGCAAACGGGGUGCCAACAAACCUAAAUCCCUGUAAAGACCUAGCAGGGCCUCUGUAAAGCUGACCCGCUAAACUUGUCUUAUAGUCUAGAAACUGUUUUAGGGCUAUCUUGUCAGAACGAAGUUAAAAUUUUUCAUCCUGGCCCAUACCAGUCUGUUUUCAAGCCAACUUAAGCUUAAAUUCGUCUUGCUAAUAAUGAAGAAAUCGUCGUAGUACCUCGUAGUUCUAGUUGCACUAAUCUGACGAUAAAAUCACUUUUUUCGGCAAACCACGGGUCUUACCUUUAGUGCUACAGUCGCUUCCUGCGAGAUGUUCACCCCUCACCAUCUUGUCACAAAUGAUCAGAUUUUGAGUACCGCCCAUGAGGCGUAACGAUCCCAGUGCGCACACCGCCUCCCGCACUCUGAGUCCUCCAGCUAAAAAUUAAAGUUAUCUUGCAAAGGUAACAAUCACUUAAAACCGCCAUUGCUUCUAAUCUAUGAAUGGAUUUUGUUAUCAUCUCUGUACAUCUGAAGAUGGAUCUUUGGAGACUGAUUGAAUCUGAUAAUAUUCUGCAAUUUGGAAUAUAGAUCCUUAGAGAAUGAUUUUAUCCUGGUGCAAGCAAGGCUCGUGGUACCAUGUUCAUAUGUGUCCCGCCGAGUUCCAUACAAGUACAUUGUAUGGAAAGAAGAAAGGAAAGAUUCAAAAGAAAAGGAAAAGGCAAAAUAUUUGUGGGAAUACUUAGUUGACUGGGGAUACAACAAGAACAGAUGUCUUCAAAUACCAGAGGACAGAUGUGGACCGGGAGGUGUUUAAUUGUUUAUGUUGUUGUUUUAGUUGUUGUCUUCGUUGUCAUGCGUGCAAAAAUUCUGUGAUGAAUCGAAAAUUUGGUGUUGGUGUAACCACUAGAAUACCUGAAUGAACGUAUCCCUGAAUAAAUUUAUAACAUGAAAUUCCUCUCUCAGUAUAAGCCCCCUUUUAUAAGCUCCUUGGGGACAUAUAUUUGGAUGUCGGCAUUCUCUAUUUUCCAAUUGCCCAUAAUACACUCUGUUUGCCCCCCAAAUUCUGCAUAAACCAUUGUGUUUAAAUGCUCCUGGGAGUAUUGCAUUUUCCCAAGAGCAUUUUAAGACAAUAAGUCAUGCAAAAUUUGGGGGGCAAACAGAGUGUAUUAUGGGCAAUUGGAAAAUAGUCAAUUAAUUAAUCUGCAAAGGAAUUGUAACUCUCAAGGGAAUAUCCGAAAUAUGGUAAUGUUCGAAAACAAAGCCAUGGAGAAAAUUUUUCAUUCAUCAUUUUUUCUGAAUAUGUAACCUUUUUAUGACAAGAGUUGACCAUACCAAGACCUAGAGAGUCAAAAAAGAAAAAAUGCUCCUGACCCAGCCUACUCUCUAGGCUUUCUCGGCUCGGUCAAUCGUGGACUCUACCCUGAGGUGUGACGUCACCGUGAGAGACUCGCCUAUUCUUUCCCAGACUACCAUGGGCGCUAAAAUGGGGAUUGUAGAGUUCAUUGAUCAAGUGCAGCUGUAAAAUGUUUUGAAGGGAAUCUAUCCAUUAAUUUUGGUUUAAUCGUUGUUUUCAUGAAAGUAGCCUAAAAAACUGCUAAAAGAACUGAGAUAUUCAUUUCGAUUGCCAAAAUAAGAAUAUCGUAAUAUAGGUCAGUCUAUGUGUUAGUGUAAUUCAUGUGUCAUAAUGAGUUACAAUAAAAUUCAAGGUGUCUAGAUAUAAGAGCGUUUAAGAUAAAGGGUGUACCUUCCAAAAUGCUAGAGAGCCAUCUUAAAGUGUACCAUAUAUUUUUCAGUAAGUUCAUGCAUCAUAACUGGAUCAAUAACAUUUAGACAUAGUGAUCUGUUUCCGCGUUUGACUUUCUCUUUAUGCAAUUGCACAGAGUAGACACUGAGGUUAAAAAAAUUGGUAUCCAAGUAUGUCCCAGGUUGAUGGGUCAAAAUGGCUGUUAUUAUUAUUAUUAUUAUUUUGUUUGUUUUUUUUUAUUAUUUAGCUGUCUGGAACCAAUAUGAUGACACAAUUUUCAGUCCACCCAGCUGGUUACAGUCAGCUCGUAACAAAAUGCCACUUCUGAAGAAAAGUAUGGAUCCUGCUAAAGGAAGAAAGAUUGCUACUCGGGCAAUGCUUCCCGACUGGGAAGGAUUUACCAUGGAAGGUGGCAAUACAAGCUUGUCGGCUUGGGAGGCCAUAGAGAGUGUCAACGAUUUAGCUUUCUGUAUGACACAGGCACAAGUGGUGAAAAAUAAUCGUGUCUACAAGAAUGUUCCGUCUUCGUAUGACUUCAGCAAAGUAAAGCAAUGCUAAAUUUUAUCUUUCAUGACUGUUUAGUUUGAAGUUUUUAGUGCUACCAUAGAUAUGACAGAAUUUUACGGACACCUCAAAAGGAACCUCUAAAAGUUAACUGCUGUUGCAAAUAAAAUCACUUAUCCUGGGUGUCGCUAAACAAUGGUGGAUCUCGGUUCAUAGUAUUCUCAAAAGUUUUUAUUUUAUUUUAUUUAUUCUUAACAACACUUUAUUUCAUAUUUACAUACAAAGCAAAAAUUACAAAAAUUGUGAAAACUAGAAAAAAAGUAGCAAAAUUACAAUUUAAAAAAGUUAUUGAAAAUUACAAUUUAAAUUAUCUUUACCCUUAUACAUGAAAAAUCAGUAACUUUUAUUUUUUUUAACAUAACAUAAUAAGGUAACUGACGAAAACUAUAUUAUACGCACACGUAUCCACAAUGGAUUUAAAACAAACAAACAGACAGACAACUUAAACAGGACAGUUCUAAAGAGAGCCGCCUACAGUUCACUUCCACAGAAUAGUACAUUCGUUAAAAGAGGGCAGAUUUUUAAUCUUUAAUCGAGACCAUUUCUUUUUAAAAGUGUCUAAAGAAUUGUGGUCUUUUGCAAUUUGCCUUUCUAUUUCCACAGUGCGUUGAACUAUUUAUUUGGAUAUUUGGGCGCGUAUCUCUUUGUUCACAGGUGUAGAUAUGAUGCCUGGAAAUAAGUAGUAAAUGGUGCAGUAGCAAAUCUUUUGCAUCGUUAAUUUAGCCAAAUAGGAGAGCAUACCCAAAAGUUACUCUUUUGAGGCUGUCAAAAAGAUAUCACUACCAGGUAUAAUCAAUUAGUAGAUGGGGAAUUCAACAAUUAGGACGUUCUUUGGGUCUACUUCUCGGGGAUCAUGCUGAUAGUAGCUAUUAACAACAUUUCCUGCUAUUUCUGGCUAUGUUGUUUGUUUAGAAAGUAAUUACAUACUGAUUUUGAUCUACGUUUGUCUCUUGUUCUUUAGUAUUUUCGUCAGCGUGUAUCACUGUGUUAUUAUAUUAACGGCAAGUUGUUUUAUCUUACCAUUUUUAGGUUCUAAAGAAAAUGUUGCAGCCAAAGAUAGAGCAGAAUGCUCUACCCCUAUCAAAUGGCACAGACAAUACCAAAAGGAUGCUUCGUCUUGUAUCAUCAGUAGCGAUUGUUAAUGUUAUUGUUUCUCACAAAGUGCGCCUGGAUCGUGAUAAAUAUGCAAAACUGUUGUCAUCGUUAGUUCUCUGGCGAGAUGCAAAGGAAAAAACUUGUAGUUCAUUUACUAGUCUUUUGUGUCACUUUCCCAGCGCACAGUGGCGGUAGGUAGUUCCUCCGUGUUUUUAUAUUGUUUUCGGGUUCAACUCGAAAUAAAAUUCGCCCUUAAUGGACCAAUCAUGUUGACAACGGAGCUUUAGGUUAAAGGCACUGCAAAGGGUAGAAUACAGUUGCCAAAAACGUACAUAAGUCCUUUGAGUGGUGGAUACAUUUUAUCAACAGAAGGUGAUAAAAGCACCAGAUUGAACCCGAUCUCUUUCAUGUUGUCUAGGAUUAAACACAAAUAAAGAGGUUUAGAAAAUUCUAGUGUCCGGUUGUCUAAAUCUAUUUUGAAAAAUAUUAAUCAAUAAUAAAUAAGAAAUAAAUAAACAAUUAUCGUGCAUUUUCUUUUGAUCUUGUUGUAAAUACGUAUAAUAGUUUAAGGCUUUACACUUUUCUUAAAGGAACCUUGGAGAAUCCCUUCAAGAAAUUUGCAGGCAAGUUGUGAAGGAUGACAACGACCUUCAUGAGUGGUUGUUUGCUGUACCACUUGUUCAUUUCCUGACCCAGGUAUCAGAACCUUUUAACAGUGAUGUGUUACUCAUGGAGGAACCUAAACCUAACGAUGACACCUGGUGGGGUGCAAACGGAUUUCCUACCAAAACAGUGAGAGAAAGAAAUUUUACAAAGAACAGGUGAAAGACGCAAAUUUUUUAGAGUGUCAUUGUAUUUAGCAUAAAAGUAGUGAUUGAAGACUCUUUUAUGGGACCGCCAUUUUAGGUGGUCAUCUAAGCAGCGCGAAGGUCUACCCGUUUGCAGUGCAAAGGCAGUACCUUCAUUUCUCAGUUGUUUUAGGAUCCUCAAUAUUGGUCUGAUCCGAAAAUUGGAUCCACGACCUCCAUCUCUGCCCGUCAAGCGCUCUACCUACUGACUUAGUCCAACCGAGGUUGGUUGUUUUUGGAGCGUAUAUACCGAUAAAGUGCUGCCAUGUUAAGAAAGAUGGCAGCACUUUAUACAUUAAAUAUUAUACUGUUGGUUUUCAUUUGUUUUGGUGUUUAUCGUCUGGUGAAGUUCAACAAGUUUACAACGUGGCGGCUGCACACGUUGUUAACGGCUCCUCGGGGCCAAGGCGAAUUCCUCUUUAUAUCGGGUUUCUACUAAGGAUGCCUCGUUUCUGGAUAAAUAUUAUUGCGGAGGAUUCUUUAUACACAAGUUCCAUGGCUCUUGUCGUUCGUUUACACCCGCAAUUGUCCGGCCUUGCGAUAAAAUCUCGGCCUCAUCGCUGCCUAACUGCCUGUAUUUUAUACACGACGAAAGGUACAAGCUCAUUCCAAGUUGAAAGGCUUUUGCAGGCCCGUAGCAGGGGGAGGGGCAGGGGGGCUCGAGCCCCCCCAGAAAUUUUCAGACUUGAAUUAAAUUCUGCUACAACAGUGGAAUUUUUCUACUAAAAUCGACAGCUAUCAGUAGAAGCUAAAGUUUCAAAGAAUUGUCGAUCAUAGUAAUAUUAUGUACUGUUGUUCUUCUGUGCAAUUUGGAAUUGUGUAAAUGAACGAAAUGAUUUGGUAACCUUCUUGCAGUCCCUUGAUAGCUCCCGCAGAAAACUAUUAAGCGAAAUUUCUACUCUGGGAAAGCUGUUACUCGUCAUGCCAGCAACCAAUGCCGUUAGUGAAAGAUCGUUUUCAACUUUAAAGCGGGUGAAGACGUAUUUGCGUUCAACAACGGGAGACUCUAGACUGAACCACCUCAUGACGUUGCAUGUUCACAAGGACAGAACAGAUGCUCUGACCCUUGUAGACGUAGCUAAUGACUUCGUUGGGGAGAAAGAAAACCGAAAGCAAAUGUUUGGCAAAUUUUCUGCGAACGAUAUCCCAAACAAGUUCUCUAAUUCCUCAAAGUCAACACAAACGGAAAAUAAGAGACAAGAACAAAAGGCAUUGUAGACAAAUGUCGCUAUGUGACAUGUACCAAGAAGGAUACUUUAACCGAGGGACAGGAGCGGGGGGGGGGUAGUUAAUGUGGGCCACUCGCUCAGCCCCCCCAGUCAUUUUAUGCUUGCUACGGGCCUGAAUUUUGACCUGUGGUGAUAUCGCUAAAAACCCAGUUCCUAAGGUCAAGCGCGUUCGUAAAAUUUCCAUGUGUUGAUUGCAAGAAAAGUGUCAGAACUGACCAGGACGCCAUCUUGUGUGGUUCUUGUACCUUGUGGUUUCAUACCAAGUGCCUUGGUAUGUCCAAGUCUGUGUUCCAGUACUAUCUUGCACAUCCUGAUAUUGAAUGGACUUGCACUUUCUGUGCAUUACCACCGCUUAGUGACUUGUUUUUCGCAGAUAUUUCGCCUGUCGACGUUUUUUCUGUGACUGCUGGGGAGCUUGGAAAUGAUGAUUUAUCUUCGACCUCUGCCUCAUUUACUGAGAUACCUACAGCCUGAUAUAGGGAUAAAAUUAAGGGUUACUACAUGAACAACUUAUCCAUCGGCCAUCUGAAUGUGGUAUUCCCGGCAAAAUCGAUGAGGUGUUAGAUCUACUGAGUGCUGUUUUGACAUCUUGUUUCUUUCUGAAACUAGAUUAGACAAAUUUGUUUCAUCAACCCCACUUUCCAACCCACAUUAUCGCAUCAUACGCAGAGACAGAAUGCGAGGUGCUGGUGGUCUGCUUGUUUACAUUCAUAAUUCAGUUGUUGCUCGACGACAGCCUAAAAUGGAACAGGAAAAUAUCGAAUCGAUUUGCUUAAAUGUCAAAGGGACUGAAAAUACAUCAUUCUAUGUGUGUGCCUGCUACCGUUCACCGAACCUCUGCAGAGUAUCUGACUUUAUUUCUGCCUGUUCAACUGCCGCAGACAAAAUGCUUAAGUCCUAGAGCGAAAUUAUAUUUUUGGGUGAUUUCAAUAUUGGCAUGCUUCAAAGUAACUGCAACAUUAGUUUGCAUAGUCACACUAAUCCCUUAACAGACUUUUGCGACCAGUUUUGUCUCACCAAUACGGUAGAUGGACCGACAAGAGAGACAAAAACGAGUAAAUCAGUGAUUGAUGUUAUCCUAGUCAACCGACCGGAGCAUUGGGCUACUAGUGGCUCGUUACAACUUGGCAUGAGUGAUCAUAUUUAUUAUAAAGGCAUUCUGGAGUUGUGCUAUUUUGUCAUUUGGCAGAUUUAGCAGAAACAACAGUUACUGCCGCGCGCGCAGAUCUAAAAACCGACUUGGCCAAUAGCAGAGCGGUAAAUGGAGCGUCGAUGUCGGGUUCAGCCCUUGCUUAAAAUGUCCAUUGUGUUCACAAUCCCUUAAUUAGAAAUUUCUCUUCACUAGCCAAGAGCAUUUAUAAGGUUUGCCCCCUAGGGAAACAUGGUAAUAUACUACUCAAAGGUAAUGUCAUAAACUUUUUGCCCUUUUACUGCUCUUUUGGUUACCGUUUUCUUUUUUUCCUUUCAGUUGCCCUUCCUGUAUGAUGAAAGUGUUGCGUCCCUUGUUUGAACUGGAUCCUCUCUUCAGAAGAACGUUUCUUUUUUGUGUUCCCCCCGUAGCGUUUGGUAAAAUUGCUACCUCGGAACUAUUUCCUCUGGCCGAAGUAUGCGCGACCCUUGACCAGGUUUUGUCUGUGAAGGACUAUUUAAUGCCAGAUGAGGUAAAUUCUUUUUGAGUCUUUUGUUUCGUUUCGUUUUAUUUUUUUUUUUUACGAAACAAAAGGUUCAAGUUAAGUUGAAAUGUCAACUACAACCGCCUCGCGAAAACGACCAGCGCACGACCACCCGUGACGUCAUAUAUGACGUCAGCUUAUCUUGUCUAACAGUAACAAUCCUAAAUAAUAUCUCUGGCACCUGCUAUUUCAAAUAAACUUCAAAACAAAAACCGUGUAUUUUUAAGAGGAAAUCGAAGGUUUGUUUAUGAAUCCAAGAUGGCGACCAAAAGAAGGGUAUGAGGGUCAAAUUUAAAAUUCGAUUUAAAAAGGGAAAGCUACCGCUCUAUCCUUACUCGGCAUGCAUUUUUUUUGCUGCUUUUUACUCAAAAAUUGAUAUUAUACAAGUUUCGUUUGUUCCCCUCAACUGAGCCAUACAACCCCCCUAGCUGAUAGACUAUAAAGGCACGUUUUCCGAGUCCGAGAAAGCACUAUAAUUUCCUCUCGUAUGCGAUCACCUCCCUAUGGUAAGAGAUUACCAAAUCGUGGCAUUUUUAAUAGUCACUAAUGGGUUGGUCUAGUGUUGACUGUUGCCAAACUAAUUUUACAAUAGGUUAUUUUCUAAAGUUCAAUCGCCUAAGAACCAACCUUAAAUUUUCUUCAAGCGCUGAGAAGUAAGUGUACAAGCCUUACCACAAAAUUUGUUUUCAAUUUACAAAAGUAGUCGUACGUAAACUCAACUUGUAAACAUCCUUGAAAGUAAGUUACGUUUACCUACUUCUUUGAUGUAGGGGAAAGCUGCUGCGGUUACAUUGUACGAAACACAGAAGGAUAUAAAAGCAGCUACCGAGAUUGCAGUCGCUGAGUAAGUUUAAGUAGUUACUAGAACUAACAAUAGCGAUGUUUUUUCACCAAAUUUAUUGUCAUUGUCUUAUUUGCAAACCACAUUUCGAAUAUGUGAGAUUGAAAGUGAGGGUGAUUAUUCCAUACAAUUAAAUCUUAUAUUCAGUAACACCAGAAACCCAUAAGGCGUUGAAACGAGUAACUCGCGUUCAAUGCUCGUGAAUGUUCAUUUUGACCAUAUUUGGAAAUCUUAGUGAGGGAUAUCCAUUUUCAACAAAAUGGCUGCUGCGCGAUCGCCAUGCAGAUGUUUAAGACAAGAGUUCAGCAUUUCAAGGUUAAAAAUACACCGUUAAAGGACUAAAAAUGGAAAGAGAAAGUUCAAAAGAAUGCUCAGCUUUCUUUUUGUGGAGAAAGGGAAGCUUUUCAUCAAGAAAUCGUCCUUCGAGGAAUUCAACCUUGUUUUCUUCACGGCGGAGCCCAUGGUCUGUCUUGAAAUGCAACCAAGUCAGCGAAGUUUUUGCUGAAUUUUCAGGUACAUUUUGCACUCUAUGGCCAAGACAAUUACGUUUUUGACAGGGAAUUUAUAUAUUUUUAAAUGUUUCAUAGACGUUUUAUAAACUUUUCUCUUCGGCGCUAAAGAAAAAUUACAAAAUGUGCCCUGAUUUGAGAUGGAUUUUGUGUUGAAUUUUGCCAUGUGCUUAGCCGAUGUCACUUGUGUGAACGGAUCCACGAUCCAGAUAGUGUUUUCCGAAUUGCUUUAAAGGAUUGACUUUUUGGACUUUGAAUAACAAUUUUCAAGAAACGGUUCCUCUGUCUAUUGUUUUUAGUUUGUCCAUUCUUAAAAUUAGCUCAAAACACGAUCGUGACUACAACAUCUAAGUUUUAUUUCAGCUUUUAAUAUAUAGAUUUAGCCAGGGCUAAAAGCGAGGCUCCCAUUAAUAUAUCUAUAAUUUAAAUCAAACAAAAACUUGUAUUCUACAACUAAGUUAACUUUAGAGCGCAUAGCACAUUCAUGUGACUUUUGAGGGAAAGGAUAAGUGAUUUUAGAGAAAAAUGAUUUGCAAACAGCCCAAGAGUGGACAAAAUCUUACAUCAAGUUGAUAACCUCACAUGUACACCCAAAAAAUAGCAAUCAUCUUCGAUCACAUUUAGGAGCCAUAAUGGCUCUUGAUCACCGUAAGAUUAAUUAAGCUUGGAAAAAAAAUCAGGCCGAAUUUUUUUGCGUUCGACAGGUUUACUUUACAAAAUCUUGCCAACAAAUCCGGGUGCGUGCACGUGUAAACCAACCUUUUACACCAUUUAUACAUCACAUCUGAGGUGAAACAGAGGUACUGUUUUUAUCAUACAGACCUCGGACAGAAUGCAGUAUUUCACAAUUUUGCAACACAAAUUGCACUCAUUCAAUAUUCAGGACGAUCGAAGCACGAUGCAGCUCCUGAAAGGUAUCAAGGAAGGCCAGUAUCGCUUCAGACUUUUCAACCCUUACGCAUCAAGCAAGGUGAAAAGCGAAAUCGAUGCCAUCCGAAAUCGGAUUUCCGACUUUGACAAGUAAUGUAUUAAUUUCUCAACCAAAAACCAACUAGCCAUGAAUAACAGAAGACUCCUGAUAGCAGCUGAAUUUCAUUUUGUGCAUCCAGUGGAAAAAGACAGUUAAAAACAUCAAGUUGACACAAAACUCUGUCAGCUUCAGCUGUCAAAGUAAACAAGAUUCAAGAUGCUGCAUGAAUUUUCCGCAUGAGCUCACCUGUCAAAUUUUGACCAAUCAGAGCGUAAAAAUUGGACGUAGAGCGUGACCAACGCGUGACCAUGGUGAGCAAAGUCAAAAGCAACUGCCUUCCCUGCCUGUAAUAGCUGGCUGAAUGUUCGCGUCCGACGUCAGUUUUAAAUCAAAAUUUUAAUUGUGCGGCACAAAAACAAAACAUAUUUCAUAUGAAUUAAAAAACAAUCAAACUUGAGCAUGCGAUCAUUUGAAAACUAGUAACUUGUCAGCGGAUAACUUCAAAAAAAUACUGGACCUCGAUGGGUCAACACCUGAGCCCGCGAUACGGUCAAGUGAUACUGGUCAGCGGAUACCCUGUUUUGACAGCUGUGAAUUGAUCACAACAUUGAUGUCCAAUGGAUGUGUGCAUUAUCAAUUUUCCUGUGCUCUCAAUUUAGCUAGAAAGUAUGAGAUUGAACAUUGAUUGCGAGCUAGUAAAACAACUGGUCAGCGGACAGCUUCCAAAUAAAUCACGUCACCUUGAUGAGUUGACACAUGAGCCCCCGAUAUGGCAAUGUGAUACUGGUCAGUGGCUAUCCUGUUUUGACAGCUGUCAAUUGACCAUAUUGUGAAUGGCCAAUAUAAAAGAUAUGGGUUUGCCAAGACACCCCUGAGACACCCCUCCCUUCCUUUUGAUAGUCUCCCCUACCCUACCCGUACAAUCUGUAGACGCGUACGUACGUACGCUCGGUCAGUCACGUGACAACCAAACGAAAAGAGGUUGACCAUAUUCUAUGAGUAUGGGGCCCCGCUAAAAUGCUUCUCACAUUCAUUACAAGCAUCACUUUUUGCGAAGAUGUCAGGUUCAGGUUUUGGACACUUUCGAUACGUAGCUAAUGAAUUUUAUUCGAAAAUAUUUUUCAAUGUUUAUUCUAGACUUUUAACAUACGAAUUUUAAAAGCCUAUUUGCAGUAUAAGUUUACUGUGCAGAGGGUCAACGAGGCAUCCUUUUUUGAAGUGACAACUUCAAGAAGUUGCGAGGCCGUCAAUGGGUUUCAUAAUGUUACGUUUGGCCCGGAUGGUAAGGCAAUAAUAUCCUGCUCAGUGUUUCGGUAAUAUUCAUGGUUUCAACCGUUGAAAGCUUUCUCGGCUUUCGGGAGUUUUUCCCCCGUUUCUCGGCCAUUUUUUAAGCGGGCGCGGGAACCUGAAGGAAAAUUACGUCACGUUGUUUACGAAGUUUGAUUGGUUAGUUAUCUCUUCUUCUCGUUUCGAAUAUGGUACUUUCGAAAAUGAAUAAUCACGAGCAUCGGACAAAGUAAACAUAGGAGAGUUACACGUUUCAACCCCUUAUGAAUUUCUGGUAACACUAAAAAAACACGUGUACAGGUGAACAUUUUUCAAAUAAUAUUUAACAACGGAGAGUUAUGGUGAGGAGAAUUAGAAACAUCCGGAAAAUGUAGUAGCAAAAAUGUCUCUUUGCAAAUUUCGUUAGCACAGUUAAUUACAGACAUAUAUUUCCCUCAAAGUUCAUAUUUUUAAAACUAAAGCUGGUGUUACAACAUAAUUGGCCGUUCCUCGUGAUUUCUAUUUCCCGCAUUUCUUUGGGUAUGGCUUCUCCUAUAAAUACGUUCUUCUUACCGGUCUUUCCCAAAUAGCUCUUAUUGUUGUUUUAACAAAUUAAGAAAUUAGUGCAAUUAAUUACGAUAAUAAGAAUAAUCAUAAAUCAGUGUUAUUAAUUACGAAAAUAGCUCAUCUCCAUCAUGUUGGUAAUAUGUAUUAGAUCUUCCAACAAUGGUGAUCACGAUGCCUUGAAAGAUGAAGUCCUUCUUCGCUCCAAGACUUGCCUGGAGAUUUUUAGGGAUGUUUCUAAGUCUCGUUGUAAUUUUGAACUUCUGCUGGACUGUUUACAAAGCAUCGCGAACUGCAUCUCAUUUCUUGGCCAGCUGUCUAUGAUAGGAGAAGAUGGAACAGGAGGUCUUGAAAGAAUAGAGCAAGUGGUGGAGGAGGCCUUUGAAAUUGUCAUGAAGUGGCUUAAGACGUCAUUAAAAAGCAAAAUUCCUUGUUACCGCAUAGAGAAAGCGGAAUUAGAAUUAAAGGUGUGUCAAAGGUGUUUUGUCUUGUAUUUGUUUAUCAUUUGUAUGUGGAAGAACAGAUAAAAUAAAGGCAAUCCGUUAUUACAGAAGGGGCUUUUUGCCCCAUAUAAUUUUCCCUUUAGGCGUUGUUAGUGGCCCGAGUUGUGAAAUAUGUUGUGCAAAAACGCAACAUAAAAACAUACCCAUUUAGCCUUCAUAAUGUUCCCGGUAAGCAAGCACUUUAAGAUCUAGCUAAAAAAAUCAAGUUUACUGAGAUUUCUGUCACAAACGUGUUCAGGUUACUUUCAUCUUUCAUGAAAUAUUCAAAAUAUACAUUUUUAGAAGUGGACAAAGUUGUUCGCCCUUGAAUGGGGAGUUAAACAGUUCGAGGACAUCUGGAGUGAUAACUUGUCACGGGAACUGAAACAGCGUUUGGAAGAGGCAAGACAACUCUAUUUCUUUUGUAUUACAUAAUUAUCGUUUGUAGCCUGUUACAGUGAAACCUCUGUUAAGCGGACCCCAAUAAAGCGGACACCCUUUAUUAAGCGGACACUAAGCCGGAUCCCGAAAGUAACGUCUAAUAUUUCCCUUUAUAACAAACCCCUAUUCAGCGGAAGCGGACACUAACAUAAAUUGUAUUUGGCUAGUUUCUAUUGUUAAAAACCUCUAUUAAGCGGACACUGGACUGAAUUGACAAUAGUAGUUCUGGAUUACGUCCUUGACAUAUGUACUGUAGUCGAUUAAUAGAGAUAAAUCAAUACAUUUAGCUGUCAAUAAACUGUAGAUUAGACCGACAUCCGGUCGUAUGAUUGUCAUCCGCGAUCACUGAAGUUCACCGAAACGUCUUGCGCAAAGUACAGUAAAGUUAUUCACAAUCAAAUCCUUCCUUAACAACAUGGAACUUUAUCAAAGCACAGAGUAACCGUUCAAUGUUAAUCGUUAACGAACAUUGCGCAAUUUUUACAAACCUCUAUUAGGCGGACACCCUCUAUUAAGCGGACACUUGGGAAAAUCCCGAAGGUGUCCGCUUAAUAAAAGGUUUCACUGUACCAGUAAAUGAAGUUAGUGACGUUGACGGGCGGGUCUCUUAUAGGAACACGAGAACCUCAUCUCAAAACUCUUUGGAAAUUCCACGCAGGAAAACUCAUCAACAAUUUAUUUGCAACGUGUAAAACAUUGCAGUGAUCGCUGUACCUAGAUCUCAAACACAAUAAUGCUGUGUCUGAGGUUAUGCACGUGAGUUGGAUUGCAUUUAUUCGAGCGGUACAAUGUAGGGUUCGCCGUUUAAAACAGUCCAAGAGCAAUAGAAGUAAGAGCAUCCUUAGUGACAGCACGAACAAUAAUAUAUAUAUCUCUAAAUGACAACUGCCUUUUCAUUUAAGGUAUUUUAAACAUCUGUCUUAUUUUUGUUUUUGUAGUGUUUCUGUAAUGACCUGGUCGAAGUCUUUACCAAAGCUAAUAUGGCAGCUCAUCAUAAUUUUGUUCAAGACUUAGUGUCUAAAGUAACAUUCGGAAAAGUUGACAACAUGCUUCAGGUGACGUAAUGUGUUUGGUUGCCUGUGCUCUCUAUAGUAUCAAUAGUACACUAACGAAAUUUUGAUUUAGAAAUCAUUUCACUUCUCACCAAUAGAAAAGUCAACCUUUUCAAUCGGUAGGGGGGUAAAGGAGAAUUAAAUUUUGUGAUAUGCUUUUAAUAUUUCGCUAAUUCGAAGUUGGUAUAUUCUGCGGUACUUGGAUUUUGUGAAACUGUAUCCAAACUCACUUCAUUUUUUUUACAUUUUACCAAAUUUCCAAGAUUGGUUAUCUCUUUAACCAUGUGAUUCAACAUUGCUUGAAUUUAGGUAAAACGAAUUCGAACAUAGCAACAAAACAGUCAGUAGCCGUUCAUAUCUAAUAUCUUACAGUUUUAUUCAUUUUCUCAUCCAUUUACUGCGAAACAUGCCUAAUCAAUGUGAAGGAAAAGAUACCCGCACUACUUUCUCGCAUUUUUCAAAUCUCAUGAGACUUGUGUGUUUCAAAAAAGACAAUAUUAAUGACAUUCACUUCAUUCUCGCGUCAUCAUAUGUUUGCGGUACUUAACUUCUGAUUUGUUUUAAAUCGCAAAAAUCUUGUUGAAUUCAACAAGGUCGCAAAAGCUACAAAAGCAAUAACGGUUAGUGAAGAAUUACUGUAAGAUGUGGUCAGUUUGAUUUAUCUCUUUUUAUGAUUUGUUUGUAUGCUGCUCUUUUUCUUUAGAUGGACAGCGUGGGAGAGGAGGUGUUCCGGUGGCUGUCAGAGUAUGGCCUUGAUUCUCCCCAAGCCGAUGAGUGUGGCGAGCUUCUAACUCUGAUGCUUAUACGUUGCUGGCCUCAACCACAAGGAAGCAUUUCAUGCUCAAGUAAUACAAGUCUUCGGCACGUUCUGACCUGGAGGCUAUGGCCCUGCUUCUUUCGUAGAUUCGGUAAUAAGUCUGUACAUGAAAGUUAAUUAGUUGCUUUUAGAAUUGAUUCUGUACGUGCAGUGAGUCGCUUUAUUACUACUUGCUUGGGAGAAUCAACAUUUUCAUUAUUUCUCAAUACCAUUCGGCCUGUCAGACAAAUUGAUAUUGUUAAGACAGACUCUGGUAAUGAAUAAGUGAAGUUUAUAUAUCUCUCAUCUUUUCCUAACCCUAUCUGCACGGCAAAUACCAAUUUCAAUUCCGUAACGAUUUGAUUUUUCGUAUGUCUGUGCUUCUAUUCGUUUGAUGCAUGAUUGUUAUCAAAGGGAAGCAGUGCUGUUUUCCCCUAUUGUUUGUGCAAGACACCACCAGCAUUCCAUAGUCUUAGACGAAAAUGUGGGUGUUCAUCGACCAAGUUUGAAAUUAAUGACUUGUUCUUGCAGGCAGAUUGACUAAGUAUGAUGUGAGGGUAUGAAUAGGAGUAUGUGAAUGGGUGGAAAAGGCUGUUUUGUGAACUCGGUUUUUCCUUACAAGAACGGCCGCGUAAGAAGCUACAUAUACACUGAGCCCUCGGUGCGAGUUUGAGCUACCUGUGUCAUAACAUUUGGAUGACUCCAGGUCUUCUUUAUCCGUACACUAAAUAAGUCAUUUAACCCUAGGGUACCAUCCUGGACAGUUGAAGGAGCUCGUAUGAUAAAAUGUCUUUCCUUGAUCGUUUUAAAAAUUUGUCAAAAUAUGCUUCAUUCACUUAAGUCCAUGUUAAACACAUUGUUAUUUGUUGUGACAGUCCCUUUGGCACAAGCAGUUGUUCCCGUCCUUAACAAUUCUACUGCCAAGAGAACGCUUUUUCAGCAUCUUUUUAAUUAGUAAAUAUCAUCAUUUAUUGUCAUAGUGACGUCUCCUGGCUUAGUUUUUGCUCUUUGUGCUAUCGACACAUUUGUAUAAUCGUGUGUUGGUUAUCGUUGGUAUGACACUUUUUUCAUGAAAUUAUAUGUGUCGCUUUUGUAGGGCGUGAGUCUGAUUUUCGUCGAGUGUUGAAGGAAGAUGGACAGGAGAUUUUGAUGUUGGCGCUUUCAUCUUUAGAAGCUGCAAUCAAUGGUGUUUUGGACAGUUCCAUAGAAUUUGAGUUAUUAAAACUAGUUCUUGAUCACUCCGACCGAUUUUUGAUACUUUCUGAGAAAAUAAGCAAAAGGGGAAGAGAUAAAUCAGCGUUAAAGAAGUCUUUAAAUCAGCGCUACAUGGAAUUAACUGCAUUUGAGGAGGAAAGGCAGAAAGUCUCUUCUUUUAUAAGGAUGUGCGAACCCAUUUGGCAAGGUAAUGUUAUACUUUUUAAACAUUAAUAGUGUAGGCGGGCUCGUGUACUUCCACUGUGAUCUCGAAGGGUGUGGUAGGAUUUCCUGGUCUUGCAAUGAAUACACGUUAUUAAUAGUAGUUCAAUCAUGCCCUGUUUAGCCGCCUAAUAAAAUGGGUAUUGAGUUAGGGUUGACACUAACCCUAAUCUAAGCCUAAUCCUAACCUUAACCCUAAAACGGCAUUCUCAAAAAAAGAUAGACCUCGAAAAAUUCAGAACUGAAUUGUGAACUUGAAACAAAGUUUUAAUAUGCUCUAAACUUUUCAGUGCUCAGAGUUCUCGAUAUGAUAAACAAAUAAAAAACCCAAGAUUGUACGCGUAUUUUUUCACUCAUGAUAUUAAUAGGUAAAAGGCGAAGGAAAUGACUAGAAUCUGGAAAUAACGUAAAUAUUACCCUAGAUUCACGAGUAUAAUAUUUAAUCACAGAUACUAAUUUCGCCGUCUUUUGCAAUAUAGAUAUUAAAUAAGUAUUAAAUUUGGGUGACGUCAUCGUAUAUCCAUAUCUGGUUGUGGCCCGGACUGGUUCUCAGAUAGACAAUACAGUUUCCUUAAUUUCCAUCUUUCAGCAACACCAGAUUAAAUUGCAAAUUAAGCUAUUUUCUUAAGCCGUCUCUGGUUCAAACAACCGGUCUCAACAACCCCCCCCUCGGGACUGAAAUGAAAUGCCGCCACCAAACAUUUCACAUUUUCACAUUGACGGUGUUUAACCUUCUCCACUUGGUGGAUUUUUAGCAGUACGAUAGACGCUAAUGCUUGUGAAGUUUUGAAAUGUGUUUUUGAGCUGUAGAUAGCCUGCGGGACUUUGAUGGGGAAGGGAGAUUUCAGAAGCGCGAGAACGCCAAGGGAGCGCGCCUUCCGUGCUUUAAUGCGUUCGAAUUCCUGUUUCCGCUUCAAACGCUUAGCAAGCAGACAAAACAGGAGGAUUUUUUUCAACAAUUUUUUCUAGUAAGGCAGUGAAAUUAGGUAUCGAUUAGAACACAGUUUCUAAGUAUGUCAGAAUUCUGUGUAUCCUUGUUUCCUCAGUUGACCUGCACGAUUUGAGUAAAAAGACAGAAAUGGAUGCCUCUCAGAUGCCGAUUAAAGAACUAGCACAGUCGACUAGUGUUCAAGGAAAAGUGUUUCCGGUGGUGACAUUCUUUGGGCUUUCUCCGAAGGCAAAGCAGAUGAUUUCCGCUUUAGACAAGCUUGCUGAUAGUAUACUUUUACAGCAGUUUUUGAGAGAAAACAGCGAGAAAGAGCUAAAAAUGACUGAAAAGAGAGAAGGCCGUAAAAUUGUUUUGCUGAGUGUUGAUGAAGUUGCAGAGUUAGUGUGGGCGCCUUCAAAUGAGCGGCUACAGUCACUACAAGAGAGUCUUUUAAGUGGCACCAUUUCUUUCGAAGAGCUCGACAAGCUCUUUCAGGUGUUUAAGGAUAGUCAAGACCUUGCCAAAGAGAUGAGGCUGCUCAUCUUAAAAAAUGAGAGUCAAGUAAAGGCAAGUGAAGACAAAAUGAAAAAACGCAUUGAGCAGAUUGAACGGUACUACAAAUUACGAAACUGCAUUGACGCCGUUUGGGUUAUCCUGGAGCUCAAAGAAGGUCUUAAUCUUCACGGAGAUUUUCGGUUGGUAGAAGACGUGGGUAACCAGGUUUGUCGAUACGAUAGGCUUAAAUUGACAAGAUUUACACCACACUUGGUAACUUGAGCUGCUCCAUUAUAACUUUCUUUACAUGGCGGUGUCUUAGAAUUUUUCAAAAGGUGAUUGUUAGCGUACCUAGUUUCUAGUCUGCAACACAGCCGUUUUUAGUGUCGUCACGCAACGCUCGCUUGUGGGGAAGAGGGUUGCGCGACAAAACUGAAAACGUCUGUGCAGCAGACUAACCUUGUUUCUAGCCUAUUGUUAUUUUACUCAUGUCUAGUCGUGUUAGAGAGAAAACUCUACCCAAAAAGUUAAAACUAGCACUAUGCUUGAUGCCCCCUUGCAGCUUGAAGACAUACAACCGCUAUUGUAAGGUUAUUUAAAACUUUCUCUUUUUACUUAAACAGAUGACUAAGGAAUUCAAACAGCAACCACUUCAAAGCAUGAAUACUGCGCUACAAAAAGCAGGAAGAGCUCUGUCAAAAAUAACUCCUAACCAUGCAAGAUGUCUAGAUGCUGUCAACAAAUGCCAAGAUUUUAUAUCGUGGUUAAAGGAAAAAAUUAAAGGUAGAAGAGUUCCGAAAUGAGUUAUGUUUUUGCGGCAAGAAUACAUCUAACCAGUGAGAAGAGAAAACAAAAUCGACUUACUGUAUGUAACAGUAUUGAAGCGUUCUGGGCUCCCAUUAAUAGUCACUGUUUAAAAAUCCGUAGAGUCAAACAAGCUGAGCACUCUGCAAAGUUGUUCAAAAAAUUUCCUGGUAGGAUCGCAGAGACUGUUGAAAUACUGUCAUUGGGACAUACAAAGUGUUGCAAUUGGAGAAGAGUAUAAUGUAAGAUUUGCUUAACGAUUAGCAGAAUUUCGGAGGCUACAGAGCAGUCGUGAAUUUAGGUUUUUCUAGCCUAUGCCGUUAAACAUAGUUUAAAUAAGUCAUACUGCCGUCUUUUUAAACAACUGCGGCUGCUAAACUAACAUUAGCCGUAUUUAUACUAGAGGACGUUUAGUAUAAAUACGGGAAAUAAGGCUGAGACGCAUUAAACGGCAGACGUCUGAAGUUAAGUGCGUCCGAUCGACGCACUUAAAAGAUGAAUUAGUAUAAAAACAGGACGCACUUAACACUCAGACGUUUAAUGCGUCUGGACGUCUAAGACGUCUUCUAGUAUAAAUACGGCCAUUGUCACAUUUUUAUCUCAGGCCCUCAACAACUCAAGGUCCUUGUGGAUUUGGCCAUCAUCUCAGCAGGGGAGACAGACAUGGAAACAGCAAGAAUCACUUGUCUACAUACCAGCUGCCUUGGCUUUGCUCCUCUCAUCUUUGACUUGAAAUCUUCUUUUGGAUUUGAUGAAUUGAUAAAAACAUGUGAACCAGUUUGUAAUGCAGUGGAUGCAGACCCCAGUCUUCCUACAAAACUGGUAUGCCUUCUUGCUGUUUGGCAUGGCGUUUUGAUGUUUCGGUUUAUAGUGUUUGCAAAAUAAGAAUCACUUGAAGGUUGGUUCAGUUAAUACUGAGGGUGCAAUACAGUUUCCUAUUUAACCAUGAUAUUAACUAAGUCCUGCAAGAAGAUUAGCGGUGAGUGAACAUGAUGACUUCUCAUAGUUAUCUUUCUAAAAUAAGUUAAUAACACAUGAGUAGAGGACUCAUAUGUUUGUGUCAAACUGCCAGGAUUUGCAACCUUUAAGCAAGAAGUAAAAACUAUUUGUUUGGAAAAUGGAAUUUUUGCUCCGAGACUAAGUCAUUAAGUAGUCUGUUUAGUGAUAGAAUAUCGAUAAUUAACGUUUCUUGUUUCUCUAGUGUCUUGUUAACGCCAUAGUUGACUAUUUGAAUUCCAAAUUUCACAUCUGAUUUCACUUCAUUUGCAGAUAGACACAAGUCGUCAGUUAGAGUGGCUAAAAGGAUUAGAAAAGUCUCAUGGUUCAGUGGCAAAAUCAUUUCUAAUGGAAGCUAAAGCCAUCAAUGAACAUGGCGUUUACCUUGUUGGCUGUGUCAGUGAAGACGUCGAGAAAUCAAUAGAAACGUUAACUCUCGAUGCUGUGAUCAGGCUCAAGUUACCCGCGGAUGAGAAGAGAUUCACUCUCGACGACCUGAAAGAUUUACAAAGUAAGCUGAUGCUCAUUGCCGCCAAAGCUUCGCAUGGUAAAGAAGACGUGGAUAGAUUUGUUGAUGUAAGUUUAUUGUCUACAUUUUAGGCAAACGGGCUGGGGUUUGUCCAUAUUAACAGUCAAAUACUAUAAAGAAGCCUUGCUCUGAGGGCUCUCUCGCUCACCUUUGUCGGUCUCUAUAUCUCUUUCAGUCCUCACUAUGCCAGUGUUAGGUGUCUUAGGGAUCUCACCUUUCACUUACCGAACUUUUUCUAGUUGUAAAGGCUAAUAUUAUCGAUUGCCUUAGUAUCAAACUUAUUGGGUACAGAUAUCCAUAUCCCUUUUAAGCUUUUGCAAGACCCUUCAGGUCGUUUUUGUUUAGCUACUCGGAUCUUUCAAAAGUACUAGUACCUUGUUACCGAGCGUUAAGUCUUGUGUAUGAUUUUUUUUUUUUUUUUUUUUUUUUUUUUUUUUUUUUUUUUUUUUUGCAACUAUGAAAUCAUAAAAGUAAUGAAAUCAAAGCAUACAGCUGCUGAUUUUUUAUGGCCUAGAUAUAUAACACUGUAUUUCGAAUUUUUUUCAAAAUUGAUAGAUUCUGCAAUGUGUCCAGCGACUUGCUAUAGUGUACAUCGCACUUUGCAAAGCUGGAGAAGUCAGCCAUCUCAAAUGGAAAUACGACUUUCAGUGUACACCUCGGCUUACUUCCAGCCGCUCUCUGACAGAUGAUUUGGAAGAAAAAAGCGAGCAGAUGGAGCAUUGUCUUCAACAGUGGAAAGACGAGUUGCAUGCCAAGCGUAUGAUGUAUAGUGAAUUGAAUCAUUUCACCACCCGGCAGUUGUUGGUCCUUCGAAGGCAGCUGGCUGAGGUUCAGGGAAGAGGUCCCAAGGCUGUCGAUAGCAUUCCUCUUAAAGUUUAUAACCUUUUAGAGAGUGUGUUGCCAGGCGUUGAGCCAGUCAUUCUCAAGUCGGUGCUUAUUUCGCAGUCGUCACACGUGGAGAUGUUUCAAACGCUAGUGUCAAAAUUGGAGUCAAUUGGUUACCCCGCAAAGGCCGAGCAGAUUGCCAUAGCAGCAUUGAAUUCAUGUAAAGAGGCCAGCGAAGAAGAUCUUAUUGUAUGGUGUGUGAAAAACGCCGGCAACAAAGAUGUAAUUGAUGCCAGUUACUCAGAAGCUCUCCAUGAUCCCAGAUAUUUGGCGCUCAUCAAUAAAGACCUAGCCGCUCCUGUUGAAGAAGGAAGGUAAGCUAUCUACGGGAUGGUGAGUUUUAUUUGUGCAUAUUUCCUUAGGUGGCCCGGGCCCUCAGAGAGUUAUUGGACAUUUUGAGCAAAUCUUCAGGAAAGUGGAAUAUCCGCUACAGAAUUGAAGACACGAAAUAGCGAAAUGACUACAUCGUCUUUAUCAUGUCAACCAGAAUAGACAAUUAAUCUUAUUUCUCUGUCCAACGAAAUGUUGUUUUAUCAAGCUAAUUAUCUUGUAAUAGAUUUCACUGAAGGCACCAUUCAUGUUGUGCUUAAUUUUCUAACCACAAAAUGUAGUUUUCUAAAUCAAACUUGAGGCACAGUCAAACCAGAAAAACAAUAAAUGAUACAGGCGAUAUAGUUUAUAGUUUCCUGAUCAGGUUUUAGCGUAAAGUGAGUAACAAACAAUCGUUCAUUGCUUUGCUUGUAAUUAUUUUCUGCUUUUGAAGUCCUUCUGAGGACAUGAUGAUUGAGCCAGACGAAGUUUCACAACCUAUGGAAACUGCACGUUGUCUUGACCAGACCGCGGGCGGGGAGUUCCUGAGCCUUGAUGAGCUGGGAAAAGUUCUAAGCCAGCUUGCUUCACAAGGUUUGAUUCCGGCCUUUAAUUUUUUUUUUCAAUUUUUCAUAAUGUUUACUUGUCACUAAGAACCCGGGGAGGGUGGAAAUGGAAAGGCAAUUUUUUUUUUCUGCAUAGGAACACUUCAACAUCAGCGACUAGAGAAAAAAAGACAAAAUUAAACAUGUUAGUGGUUGUUAAGAAUUGAGCUUUCGAACUUUUGUUACCUGGCAGUAUUUUAGAACUAAAACAUAUCCUCCCGUUGUUUGCAGGCCCUCCAAAACGACGAAGACGUCAUCCACAGUACUUAAAGCGCGGAAAGCCGAAUCUUGUUGUUAUUCCAAAAGGUAAAAUCAUACUAGGUCCCAUGACUAAACUGUGAGCAGUCUCUCUUUUUCUUCUGAUUUCGUGAGGAGAGUGCACAAGCGCAAGCGUCAACCGUCUCGCGUCUUCAGUCACGCCCGUGGUCAUUUGCGUGUCUCGCGCGUUUUUCCAGGCGGACCAAGAAUAAAGAGAGGCUUCUUGUAGUCUAUCACAUGACGAGUUGCUUUAUUUUUCUCACCCUCUUUAAUUCUCACCUUGUAAGUUUUUCAUCUUUCCUUCUACUUUUCAUAUUUUGUUUCCAUAUGUGUACUUCCAAUACCUUCGCAGCCCCCUUCCUUUACUGUUACUUUAGUGUAACUUACUGCAGUAUUAGUUUGUCAUUUAUUAUUUAAAAAUCCCAUUACAGAUGACAUUCUAGGAACAGUGCUGUCCUUGUACAUGCAAGACUCCUCACCAUCACUGCCUAGUUUCGAAGAAGUGUUGAUAUGCUCUUCUGAUACAACUGCAGAAGAGGUGAGCAUUUUCGAUUUACAGAUGGAUAGAAACAACUUUUGAUGUUGUUUCUUUUCCCAUUACUGAUAGUUUGUAUGUUUGAACCUUUUAUUUAACAAAAAAAAUAGCAAACUGACACAGGGGAAGGAAACAUAUCCUUCCAUGAGAACAUUCGCACUUAUCAAACAGAUUUUUUACUUUUCAUUAUGUUUUGGCCACUUGAGGAAGGUAGGACCUGACAUCUGUGGAUCAAAUUUUGUUUGCACUGUCGGAUUUCCGGACAUGUUAGAAGGCUCGUGUGGUAUCCCGGGAUACUCUUACUCGUAGUACUCUUAGUGAUGUGCUGUUGACGUUUAGAGGUUCAUUUGUGUACGCAUGAACACGCGGUGGGUGUUACACCCACAGCGUGGCGACUCUUGGCAUUGCUUCAUUCUCUCUUCUGACUGAUUCCCACGAGCAAGGAUACUGGUUUGAAAGCUUAACAAUGGAUUUUUUUCCAGUGGCUUAGUUUGAUUUAUUUGUAGCCUUCGAACCGGCUCACGUUAACUGGCGACAAGCGUUCACUAUAAUUAGCCGACUAGACUUUGCCUGUUACAUUUCCCUUAUAGAUUGAGCUUCUUUGGCGACGGGCCCUUACAGACUCUAAUGGACAGAUGUUCUGUUUGGUGAAUGUUGACCUUCUUGACUACACUGUUUCCCAGAAAGCUGCUGACAGCCUUGAGUUUUUACUACAGGAGCCUCAAUACAAUCGUAACGAUGGUAUUCUAAGCCUCCCACUUGCAUUAAAACCCCUAGUCUGAGGCACAAGGCACCCCUAUGGGAGACGAACUUCAACAGCAUUAAUGAGCUAGUGGUCAAAAUAACUGACUCUAACUGACUUAGACUUUAGCUUAAAGCCUCUCUCAGUUACUGGAUGACUUAACACUUAUGGAAAUAACUGAUCUCGUGAAGGACGCAAGUACGUUUUGACUUUGAUAUUUUCGACUUUGAAAAUUGACAGAUCGCUCCCCACUAAUGCAAAGAGAGUUUUCGCCUGUAAGAAUUAGUAACAAUAGUUUCAUCUUUUUUUUAGCGAAAUUGUAGUUCAGUGGAUAUUUUCUCAUUUUAGGGCUGUCCCUUGUGGUUAUCUGUAGUUCUGAGAAUGAAGACAGAGCUCAUAUGGCUGCAGCACUUGAUCAGCACAGACUUAGAACUAUUCCGUAUUGUGCCGUAUCAAAAGAUAUCAGGCAAUAUCUGCAGACACAAUUCAAGGUGUGCUCUCGACUACAAGGAAAACUGCAAGAUAAGAUCCUUCAAUGGGAACCCGCUGCCAUGGUGGACAAGGAAAAGUAAGGAGAGAAAAAUGCACUCUUUCUCUUUGCAAUGCACCUUUUUAGUGACUUCGUUUUCUGGGAGUUCUGUGACCCUAAGAGUUGAUUUCUACUGCCGCGUAUUUUUUUACGUGGGUACGUGCGUAAAAUUUACGUUCACAAAUAAAAUAGAGGCAAAGAAUGAACGGUCGCUCGUAAGCGUCUCAGCAGCGUCUAAAUCUCAACACUUUAUAUCUUGCGUCUAUUCUAUUUAUGUGAUUAACAUUUACGUACGUUAACGUACGUAGCAAAAAAUGCGUCAGUGGAAAUCAACCUUAAAGCUAAACCUUUGUAUACGAGGGGUCCUAUUUAGUUUUAAUUAUCCAUUGCCCAAAAGCUAGUAAAAGUUAAGAUAAGGAAACCCAGAAAUGCACACAAUUAAACAGAACGUAGACAAUGUAGACAAUUGUAGACAAUGUCAGCAGCGCCACCUAAAACACUAUCCCCACCAUUAGCAGUACCAACUCCACUAUCAUUACGUACGGCACAACAACAAUCCAACAACUGGCAAAAUCAGCGACUGCAUCAGCCUCUCAUUAACACUAGCAACACCAUACCGACAGCAUCAGCGACUCUUCUGACCACUACCAAUGACACCAAACAAACCGUUACCAUAGCCAACAACACCAACACGAAGCAUAUUUCAAAAGUAGGUUGAGUUUGAUCGUCCGGGUGAACGUAGUCCUGAAUAGGACUGUUGUUGUUGACAGUGACUGACGUUUCGACAACCUGUACGGUAGUCAUCUUCAGAGUCAAAGUGAGUUGUAUCACGUCAGUUGAUGGUAUUAUACUCUGGUUAUUGAUCUGAUUGGUCAAUUACGUCGCAAUGUUAUUGGUCGUCUGUCAGUUAAGCAGGAGGACAAACCGGAAGACAGACAGGGAGCAGUAUACAAGAUCAAAUGCUGCGACUGCCAGGCUUCUUACAUUGGUGAAACCGGCAGAAACCUAAGCACGCGACUGGCCGAACACAAACGAACGACGAGGAGUGGUGACAUCUACAAUCACAUUGCUGAGCACCACUUAAAGACGAAACAUCAAAUUGACUGGGACUCUGCGAGAUGUAUAACGUAUUCUACAGACUACUAUCAACGUCUUAUUUUAGAAAGCUGGUUUACUAACUUAGAACAAACACCACUGAAUCGUAGCCAACAGUUACCAGCGCCGUACAAACGACUUAUUGACGAGAUCAAGCAAAACUAACUACGAGAGAACGACUGGAGAAGUGGCAAUUUGACUAACAAUAGAAGACUGUUUAACCGUGACAAUAGACGGAUCGAAACGCACCAAUUACUGAUUACGAGUCUUCUAGCCAAUAACAUCACUGCUUAACUGACAGACGACCAAUAACAUCGCGAAGUAAUUGACCAAUCAGAUCAAUAACCAGAGUAUAAUACCAUCAACUGACGUGAUACAACUCACUUUGACUCUGAAAAUGACUACCGCACAGGUUGUCGAAACGUCAGUCACUGUCAACAACAACAGUCCUAUUCAGGACUACGUUCACCCGGACGAUCAAGCUCAACGUACUUUUGAAAUGACUCCUGGGCUCAAACCUUUCACACAGCAUAUUGCAUUGUAAGGCAAGUAUAUCACCAACAACAUAACACAGCCAACGGUCCCGUCAUCUACAGUACCAAACACCACACUAAUAGGGAGCUCAAGCAACAACGAGGGCGACGGCUAGGAAAACGUCACUUAAAAAGUGAAGUUGCGCUGCCUCAAACUUUUUCCCGAGUAUUACCUCGUGUUCAAUUCGCCUAACGUUGGCUGUUUUUACUGGAGUUCGUUUCUAAAAGACUGUAUCGAAGUUCAGGAAAAGAAAAAGAAAGUCGUUGUCUUGUGUUCACGUUUUCCAGAAAACAUGAAAAUAGGCAUUUUCACAUCGUAGUCAAGCAGUAACGGUAAAGAAAUGUACAAAAAAGCAUGAUGCACGUGAAAAGUUGUUUUUUGCUAGUUGAACCUAUUGCAUUUUUGCCGUUCUCGUUGACGUCGCCGUCGUCGUUGCUUAAGCUCCCUAAUCGCAGCAGCAACAGCCGCGUCAAUAGCAGCACUGCCAACACCACCUUAAACACCAGCGUUAUUAGCCUCAACCCGUGAAGUGACAUUUUAGUGGCCACCGCCACUACCUUUUACAAAACACAGGCCAAACAGGAUCAACAACAAGGGUGUCUUGUAAUGUCUAAGUUGACCUUUGUGUUUCCUGUCUCUAAAAGAAUCAUUCCGUUUAUCCCAUACAGGUUGUCAGUGAGAGUUGUGUCCUCAGAAAGGGCAGGUUGCGGCAAGAGCUUGGUGGUUCAGCGACUUAGUGAAAGCUUAGUUCAACUUGGAGACAAUGAUGCAGUAUUGAGUUACCUCAGAGAUGGGGAGGCAGAUGUGCCUCUGUGUAUCAGCGUCCCAAUUUAUGGACCAGCUGUCGAUCAGUGCUCCGUUGUGGAGUCCUUGUUACCGCAUAUAAUUGUUCCUGAUCUGCCACUUUCCCGAAUUUUUCACCUUGAUGUCCAUCCGUCGGUACUAAAUGUUUUUUUUUAGACAAAACAAUAUGUUUAAGCGUACUUUAAAUGAAUGUAUAUCACAGAAACGUAUUAAAAAGGGUUGAGAUAGCUACGAUCUUAGAAAUGUUGGAAUUGGGCAAAAUAUUUUUAUCCCACAAAAAAUACACUGAACACACUUGCCAAUCAAUAGGAAGGUAUGCUUAAGAACCGCUUCGCACCUAUCUAUUAACUGACCGUACCAUCCUUGUGAUGGCUCUAUUUUGUCAGGUGAAGAGUGGUCUUGACGCACUUCUGUUUAAUCUCUUGAUACUUGGUGUCUUGAAAAGUAGUAGUGGACAGGUCUGGAGACGGAGAUUAUCUGACUUGUAUGUGAUUGAGCUAACGACGGGGCCAAAGCAAGGGGUCAGUGAAACCGUUCAAAGGCGAACGGAACUUUCUAAGGUAGGUUUUACUUAAUCGUUAAGCCAUCAUCAGAGUGUCCUAAGAGAUACUGUGGGUGUAUUUAUCUUAUUUCUCACGAGAAGAACCGAUCAAUGAAGAGCGCUUGUUAUAUUUUUAUUGUACCGAUUUUUUAAUCUUUAUAAAGACUUUCUGGGCCGAGUUGUUCAAAGCUGGGUUUAGAUAACCCAGGGAUAGUGCGAGAUUUGAAUUCAGAUUUGAAAGCUUAAAAAGCAGUUCAGUUGUAAUUCUUUUUGUUUACAGCUUGAUGAUUGGAAGCUUUAAAAAUAACAGAGAAAAUUAUCUUAGAAAAUGCUUUUGAGCACAAAAAAAAGAAACCAGGGUUAAAUUUAACCCCAGGUUAAGCGCUAAUCGGCCUUCGAACAACUGGGCCCUGGACGAUAACUUACAUUGAUGUCGCGUUUGCCUAUCUUUUCUUUUUAAAUAUUUCAUUUUUGUGGUGAAUUACGCCAGGGCCUUUGCGGUUAUUUGGCUAGCCCUAUUCCAAAAUGUCGUUAAGACCAGUGGGUAGGAACAAACAAGUGGCUCGUGGGAUGUUACAAGAUCUUUGUUUCACUGGCAAAGUAAUUUUUUUAAAGCUGAAAUGAUAUAAUAAUAAUAAUAAUAACAAUAAUAAUAAUGAUAAUAUAUAGGGCAAAUUAACAUACAGGAGGAUAUGAUCAAAUGCGCUUUAGAUAUCAAAAUUGAAUACGAGAUUAUUAUGUUACCUAUUUACAAUUUUGAAUUUACAAUAAAGUGCGAAGAUGUAUACUAUAUGAAACACUAAAAAGAAAUUAUAAAUUAAACGCUUCUCUAAAAUAUUGAGUUUUAAAUUUUGCUGUGUCUUUAAUGAUUUCGGGAGACUGUUCCAAAUCUUGGCGGAUGCAUUGGAAAAGGCUUCAUCGCCAAGCGUUUUUUUCGAUCGUCGUGAAUGGUCUUCCAACUGGAUACUGGUGCUCGAGCGGAGGUUGUAUGCGAAGUCUUCUUGAUGGCGACCAUGCUUUUUAGAUAAUUGGGGGCUUGUCCAUGAAUGCACUUGAAACAGAGCAUAGAAAUCUUGAAAUUGACUCUAAACUUAAUCGACAGCCAGUGAAGACGUAUAAAUGACGAUGUGAUGUGUUCAUGUCUUGGCAAUGAGCACACCAAUCGGACUGCCGUGUUUUGCACCCGUUGGAGCUUGCUAAGGUUCAUAGCGGCAACACCACACAAUAGUCUAUUACAAUAGUCUAUUCUCGACAUCACUAUUGCCUGAACAAUCGACUCUCUAUCUUCAAAGGUAAGAUAUCUUUUAAUGCGCCCUAUAUUAUGCAGAUGGUAAAGUCCCGAUUGACAAGUCUUGUUGAUGGCGGUUUUCGUGCUCAGAUGGUUGUCGAACCACGUCCCUAGGUUCCGAACGUUGCAUACUGCAGACACUUUCACGUGAUCAAUACUGAGCUCUGAUAUGCUUAUCUUGUCCAACUGCGCGCGAGUUCCGAUUACAAUUAAUUCCGUUUUGUCAUCAUUUAGCUUAAGUUUGUCAGCCGUCAUCCAAGUCUUGAUGUCUAGAAUACAAUCUUGUAAAGCAGUUACCGCUUCCAAUUCACUCGCUUUGGAACCAGGCUUAAAUGAGAUAUAUAACUGGUUAUCGUCUGCGUAUACAUGAACAUCUGGGAGGUGGCGCUUCACUACCUCAAAUAGCUUGCUGGCAUAAAUUACAAAAAACAGCGGACCCAGACACGAACCCUGCGGUACACCAUGAGGUAGAGAGAAAUCCCCUGAGAAGCUCCCAUUAAUUAAUGCACGCUGUGAUCUACCAGCUAGUUAGGAUCUGAACCACUGAAGUGCAGUAUCUGCAAUGCCAAAAGUUACCUCAAGACGACGGAGAAGUACUUCAUGAUCUACAGUGUCAAAUGCUGCACUCAAGUCUAACAGCACCAGUAGAGUGACCUUCCGGUGAUUCAUGUUAAGCAAGAUGUCAUUGUGUACCUUAAGGAGGGCCGUCUCCGUGCUGUGGCCUGCUGGAUAGGUUGACUGGAGCGUUGGGUACAGCUCUGAUCGCACUAAAUGCUCUUGGGUUUGGUUGUACACUGCUCUCUCCGUAAGCUUCGAAAUAAAUUGGAGAUUACUCACAGGUAUAAGAUUUGAAAGGGAGGCGCUUUGACAACGUUUCUUGAGCUGUGGAUCAACUAGAGAAGCUUUCCACGCAGCUGGAAAGUGUCCAAGAGUCAAGGAACAAUUAACCAUAGAAGUGAUUAUUGAAAGGAGUUCUUCAAGGCUGCCCAGUAAGAUAUACGUUUGAAAAGGAUCGAGCGUACUACUUUUCUUAGGCGAAGCCUGAAUGAGCUGGUAUACAUCCUUCUCUUUCAGUUCCUUGAAAAC